CCCGCCGGGAACCGCAGUCCGGGCGCCGCCAUUUCUCCCUCCGGCAGCGCAGGGGCCUCGGCCGCGGUGACUCUGGGCAUGGAGAGCGGCUUCGGCUCCGACUUCGGCUCCGGAGGAGGCGGCGGGGGGAAGCUGGACCCGGGGCUCAUCAUGGAGCAGGUGAAGGUGCAGAUCGCCGUGGCCAACGCACAGGAGCUCUUGCAGCGGAUGACGGACAAGUGCUUUCGGAAGUGCAUUGGGAAGCCCGGCGGCGCCCUGGACAACUCCGAGCAGAAGUGCAUCGCCAUGUGCAUGGACCGGUACAUGGACUCCUGGAACACAGUUUCGCGAGCCUACAAUUCUCGGCUGCAGCGGGAGAGAGCCAACAUGUGACGCCUGCCGGCCUCCGGGCCGAGAGGGACCAUGUGGGGAAGGGACAGCGGCCAGUCCAGGUGGUCAGGGGUGAAUCCUGCUGCCUUCCCAGCCCCUGCCAUGGCAGAGCAAUAAAACCUCGCUGAACCUUUUGCAUCCAUUGGCUUUUAUUAGCACCAGCACCAGGAGAGAGUGAUUUUUUUUUUCCCAUGAGCUGCUUGCUUUACUUCUUGUCCUUCCCAAGUGUCCAGAUUGGCCUAAGGCAUUAUAUCAAUUUCUAAAUCCCUGCUGAAAGGGCUGUGACAGGCAAGGAGCCUUCUGUGGAAAACAGGGGCCAAGCCAAGUCAGCAACACAAUACCCUUGCUUGGGGUUCCAGCAUGGACCCAUCCAUAAGGUCGUUACUCAGUCCCUUUUCUUUAGAGGAAAAACUGCCAGAAGAUUGUCCACAUGCCACUUCGGCUGUUUCGUCUCUUAUAUCUGUAUAGUGCUUUGUGGGGCUGUCUUUGGGCUCCCUAGGCUUUGACUCGGCUCAAGCACAGUGUUGGGGAGCAGGACAGCCUCGCAAAUAGUUGUAUGAGCACAGCUAGGGAAGCAGGGUUGGGAAGUACUUAGAUUCUUUUCUUUGUGGAAUAAAGUGUGUUGUGUGGCUGUAAUAUUCUGUAGUUUCUGGUUUGGCUCUGGCACAGGUGUUCCAUCUUUGAGCCUAUAUCCUAAGCAUAAUUUUUUUGAGGGAGGAGCAUGUCUGCAAAAGGGAAUGUUGGUCUGCUUUGGGGCACAACUCUGUUUUUGUGCUUCCACACUGCUCCUAAAAAGGUGGGUUCAUGCUGUGUGGUCAGCAGUGGAUACAACAGUUGCAAGAGGAGAGUGUUGGAGAUCAGCAGUGCCCAUGUUGUUUUUUUUUUUUAAUCCUGUCUUUUGAAGCACUUCUGUAUUUUAUGAAAGAUUGUAUGGUUUGCUGGACACAGAGAGAGACUGGAAGAGUGACAUCUCCACACCUCCUAGGACAUUCACUGGGAUGUGGUGGAACCUAAAGUGUUCUCACAGCAGGUAAACUAUGAGGAGAUACUUGGGAAUUUGGACUUACUGAAACUGGAGUUUCUUUUCUAGACUGUAAGAAUGACUACUUGAAAAUAAAGUGCUUUCAGACA